AUGGACCCCCACUCUUUUCCCGAUCCGCGCGCCCAAUUCCCCUCGCAUCACGGUCCUCGAGUAUGGCUGAUCACGGCGGGUGACUCGCCAAUUGGCAUCUCAGUUGCGCGACAGGCCCUUUCCCAUGGCGACUAUGUACUGCUAGGCCUAGCACAUACGAUUCUUGAUCGCGAUGAACGCCGCAGACAUGGCUUCGAUGCAUUUCUGGCCGAGGUGGAGGAACACCGCGAUGAGGGGUGGAAGCAGCGCAUGAAGACCGUUCCCCUAGAUAUCAGAAUGAUGGGCGAAUGCCAGGCGAUCGUUGCCGAAACCGUCGCCGCAUUUGGCCGUAUAGAUAUCUUACUCUGCUGCACCAGUCAAACUCUCGUCGGUACUGUUGAAGAACUCUCCGCCUCCCAGCAAACCAUGAACCUCGUCCGCGAUCAAUUCGAAAUCAAUUACUUCGGACCACUGAACAUAAUAAAAGCCGCAUUACCACACAUGCGAAGAGAGCACAGCGGACACAUAAUGAUCCUAUCAGGAAUCACGGCGCAUAUCGGCACCCCGGGGCUCGGCAUGUACUGCGCAGCCGGUUGGGCAUUAGAAGGAUUCUGCGACGUGCGAAUUCCCUCUCCCUAUCUCCUUGGACCACAACUAAACCAACCACAGAGCCUAGCCUACGAAAUCGCCCCCUUCAACAUAAAACUCACCAUCUUCCAAUGCAGCAUCGAAAUAGGCAUCCUAACAAACCUAGUAACAAGCGUGCCCCCAAUCUUCCCCGCCUACUCCCCAGCAAACAACCACGCCCCGCUCUUCCGCGGAAUCCUAAACCACCUCGUCCCCCGCCUCCCCGACGCCCAAUCCGAAGGCGUAACCCCCGUCUCAGCCCGCAACCGCUCCAGCAGCGCGCAAGAAGAGACCUCCCGCGUCAGCUCGAUCGAAAACGGGCCCUUCUCUGUCCCCGAAAUCGUCUCCAUGCACCCACCGCUCAGCUCGGCGCAUCUGGAAGUCUUGGUUUCGGAAACCGUGUACGCUAUCACGUCCAUUGGCGGACAUGAGAAUCCGCCGUCUAGACAUAUUGUUGGGCAGGAGGGUGUCGCGAGUGUUAAGGAGAAGCUUAAGACUGUUAGUGAGGAGUUGGAGGACUUUAUUCAGGCUAGUUUUGCCGUUGAUGUUGCUGUUGAUUCGGAUCCGACGCCGCCUGCUAUGGAGCAUUUUAGUGGGGUGUCUUUUUAA